UGAAUCACGUUUUGGCCAGGGACCGUGCAUCUCUGUAGCUGGAUCGCAACAGUGAUGCUGCCCUUUCAUUAGACAGAGCAAAAAAAUGACGAUAACGAUGAAGAGCGUGGUGGUGACAGUGGCAGUAAAUGAGUAAACAUCUGACUGUCUUUCUAAUUUUCCCCCUUUUUUUCCUCUUGCUUGCUUCAGAUGAACUGAAUGAACUCAUCAAGUGUAUGGUGUGUGGUGAUACCUCCACGGGGUUCCACUAUGGCAUCCAUUCCUGCGAAGGCUGCAAGGGUUUCUUCAGAAGGAGCCUCACACAGCACGAAUCCUAUACGUGUUCCAACAACGGGCAGUGUGACAUCUCCCUCUACACUAGGAAUCAGUGCCAGCUAUGCCGAUGGAAGAAGUGCCUUGCAGUCGGCAUGUCCAAAGAAGGCUCCAGAUUGGGUCGGAGGUCAAAACGAAUGAUUGAGAAAAUGCAUGAGACGAUUGCUAAGCAGCGAAGUUUUGGUGACAACACUGUUGUCCACCAGCCGGCUGGUUUUUACAGCAACCACCCUGAACUGUUCAACCAGUCCAAGUAUGGUGGUCAGCCUAUGAGUGCUGGACACCCUCCCAGCCACAUGCUGCCGACGAGUAUCCCUGCCAUGUACCCCGGAAUGAACAGUUCUUUCUCCAUGGCAGCUAUGAUGGAAUCCCAGCUAGGCCAGGCCAUGGCCAACCAUGCCCAGUCCAUCUCCACCAUCAUCAAGCAGGAGCUGGAUCACAGUGGGUCAGAUCGGGAGCACUCACUCUCAGAAACCUCCUCGAUAUCUGGCCUGGACAUGUCACCUCCGGGGUCUGUUGGCCGUCAGUCCUCAGUUCCCGGAGCCAGUGAGGGCUCAGUCAAUGGCAGCGGCAAUAGGGGCUACGGAUCAGACAGCAUGGAACAGUCGCCAACCAUCUCCAGUGUAUCACUUUCAAAAUCACACGAAGACUCUGCUAGCUUGAACAACAUGUACAUACAGGCAGCAAUGCGGGCAAAGGAAGAGAAAAGAAUGCCUCAAUCAGUCAGCGAAGAGAUCACAGAGAAAAUGUCCAUGAUAGGACGGGAUGGGUCCAAGUUUGAGGCCUCUAUGGCCGGAGAGGGAGACCUGCCAAUGGAGGCCAUUAAUAAAAUGCUGGCUGCUGGUCAACCUGUCAUCCUUAUUCCCAGGGACAUGGGUAGUCCUGAGUCAAACAGCAAGGACAUGAUCCCACCAAGCCCGACUGUGGUUGUCGUGCAAAACACAAGUAAAGAAGGCCGGGAUGAUCACUCAACGUCCCGGCAUCGAUCAAAAUCAGCCAGCCCUGGAAACGAGGUGUCCGUCAGCGUGGCCGACAUGGCCUCCUCACAAAUGAAGGCAUUGUACGCAGGACAUCGGAGGACGUCGGAGCCAAUGCUCAGACCGGAGGACAACACCCACUGUUCGUUCCUGCCGCACUCUGGCCAAGGGAACCAGUUCUUCCAGUUCCCAGGUGGGUUUCCACCCCAGCAGAUGCCGCAGGGUCUGUCCCCACAGUCCUCACUGUUGUCUCACUCACCUCUACUUCCAAUGUCUCAAGGAUGGAACCCACUGUCUGGCCGGCAGCACCUUCCUCCCUCACCCCUGCUCUCCUCCGGUGGCCAGGUCAUGGUCCCUGUCAGUUCCUCACAGCAUCCUCAGCAAGUACCUCUUGGCCCGACUGCAUUUUUAGCCCAGCAGCAUCUAAAAGCAGAGAUGCACUCCCCAAAGCCUCUCCCCCAGCACUCACCUGGCGAUGGCAGGGACUGUUUUCCCACCAGGCAGUCUGUCAAGCGGCAGUCUCCAGGGAAGGGUCACUCAGACCCCAACAAAACCUCCAAGGGAUCCCACGGGAAGCCAGAAUGUUCCCCCGACUUUUCUCAUCUCUCCCCUCCCCAGAGUUUUACCACUGCUCUUCAGUCUUCUGCGCCCAGUGAUAGCCAAACCCCCAUCUCAAAGGAGAAGAAGAUGGUCAUUAAGGAGGAGCCAAGGAGCAUCCCCAUUGACGGGGACGAUAUACCGGAUGCGGAUCCCAAGAGUAAUGACGACACCCUGGAGGAAUACAAGCUGGAAGGUUUCAACCCAGAGGAGCCCCUCACUCCAGAGCUCAAGAAGAAGCUCUGUAAGAUCAUUGACUGCGUCAACAAGUCCUACCAUGAAACAUGUUUUUACACCUUCCGCCGGAUCAUUUUCCUGCGGGAGAGGUACUUCCCAUUUCUGGGUCCUGAUGAGACCUACUCCCACCGGUUGAAGAACAAGUACGACCACGAUUGCAGCAAGUGCCCCCCACCUUCAGGCUUCCCGACCUCCAAGGACCCACCGCGGGAGCUGCCGGACGUCCUGCUUCCCGUAGACAGCGGCAGGAUGUGGCAGUUCUUCUCCAGCAAGUUCACCAGCCAGAUCACGCGUAUUGUCAACUUCUCUAAGAUGAUCCCAGGCUUCAAGCACAUCGACCGAGAGGACCAGAUCACGCUGAUCAAGACGGGUCUGUUUGAGGUGGCAACGAUACGUUUCUCGACAGUGGCCGACACGAAGACCAACAUGGUGUACUGGUGGACCACGGGAGACAAGUUCUCCCUGGAGGAUGCUCAUAAGAUGCCCCUGGGCAACCUGUUUGACUUGCUCUUUGAUUUUGCUCGGAGGGUCAACCGAAUGCUGCUGGAUGAUAGCGAAUACGCUCUUCUCUCUGCCGUGGUCAUCAUGUCACCAGAUCGGCCGGGACUGAAGAAUCGCGAACGUGUCAAGCAGCUGCAGUUAGAGCUCCUGCACGCCCUUCAUUACGAGGUGUCCCAGAACCACCCAGGGGAGCACGGACUCUUCGCCCGCCUGCUGACCACCAUCCCUAAGCUGCGAGAGAUUGGCCCCGAACACAUCCGCAGACUCAUGGAGCUCAAGAUCAAGUCACCUGGGUUCCAGUUCCCGGCGCUACACGCGGAAGUCUUCGACCUCAACAACUCGUAGUACAUUGUCGCAAGCACGGCAAGUUUGGUUGGUACUGCUCCAACUGUGAGUUGAUUGUAUGAGCAACAUAACUGUGAAAUCAGCACUGGAAAAACAAGUUCAAGAGUUUUUGUGUUCAGUCAAUACCCUUAUUCUUGACCUUAUUUUCCGAUUUAUGGUCAAUCAUAUAACACAGCUGUUUACAAAUCACAUAUAAGUAGAUAUUUAGUACUUGCAGGUCUCCGUAAAGAUAGGGAGUUUACACCUUUUGUUCAUUGUUAGAGUGGUACUUAUAUUCUAUCUGCAUCUGCCUGACCAACAAGGCUGCAUUUCAGUUACCAAUAAGCAAGAUUUUGUAAAACUCUUCUGACCAAAAUUGUUUGAAAUGUUAAAAACUGCGGACCUCACAUGGGGAAACAAACCAACCGUCAUACAUGUACAUGUAUGUAUGACAAGUUUGCGUUCUGAUUCCCUUUAAACUACAAGAAAAGUUGCCUGGCUUUUAAAACUGGGAGGAGCAUGGUAAUUUUUUAAUUAAAGUGGAUUGCACAUGGGUAUGCAUAUGUUCAUAUAGAGAAUUGCAAAAACUGAGAAACCUUUCUUCACAGAAAUAGGAGGAGGGGGGGGGGGAAUUCAACUGCAAAAGCUUUUUAGGGAAACAAAAGAAAAACUGUAUUUUUGGCUGAAAAUUAUAACGUGUAGUUCCAUGAAGACAGAAAAAGAUAACCUUUAAAAUACUGUAAGGUAUAACUACCAUGAUAAAGUUCAGCCCAUUUUUGCCAACAGCACUGCUGUAUCUUUUCUACGUAAUUAUGUUGUGUGAAACACAUUAAACAAGAAAAAAACAAUUGAAAACCAAAUUCUGAAAGGUAUCUCAAGAACUGUAACCUUGGAGUUCACGGGGUUUUUUCUCCACGAAUCCUUCAGUGAACUUUUUUUUCUCAAAAACUCCCCAAAAUAUUUGAAAUAUAAUCAUGUUUUUGAAGGUUUUUCUGAGCAAAGCUACUCGUGCAUGUUAUGUAAUUGUUGGAAAUCUUCUAAGUAAAAGUUCAUACAAUGUACUUUUGCCCCUCAUUUAAAACAGAAGAUCCGAUAUCAAAUAUCACGUUUACGUUACUUUUGUAUGGAAGUGGGCACUGCAUUUCUCUCUUAAGAGUAAACUAUAAUUUGUUUGUGCUGCCCACAUUGCUGCCUUUCCAAUGUGUAUAAUGGGAGAAAGAUUGACAAUAUUUUUCUCGUCAUCAUGUGAUAUUUAUUGAAAUUGUUUUCUCUUUCUAGCAUAAAAAAACGGCUAUUAGUCUAACCACUAAUUUAAAACCUGGAUUGGUUGCUGUUUUUAUAUUUAAUUUAUAUUAUCACUUCCUGUGAAAGACUCAGUGAAUGAUCGAUGUUUGCAUCCUUUCUGUAUGAUCAAUUAAAAGUGUAUAAUUCUGCCAUUUUUUUUUAAAACAAGAGAAAUAUGAUUUGAAACAGGACUUCUUGCCAGGUAUGGAAUCUGUGCACAAGAACGGUUACAAAGAGGUAGUUGGGCUGAGACUACUGGGAGGGAUUGUUGAGCACAUUGCAACGGCGCCGGACGCGCUCGCAAAGACGCAAAUGGUUUGUGCACACUUGGAAUUAAAUUGUCUUGCAUACUUUGUGCCAUACAUGCCAACCAGUGCGCAGAGGCGAUUGGCUCCCCGCUUGGAGCUCUUGAAAUGGUCACAAAGUGCCAAUUACUGUUCUUGCACGGAAUCCGUCGGUUUGUGCACAUUCAAAUGUAGUGGUUGUUGUGAUUUUAGUGCCAUCCUUGCGCAAACCGGCGCGCAAGUGGCGCGUCCAGUACACUCAUGAGGGGUAACAAAGCCCAUUGCUACUGUUCAUGUACAGAGUCAAUAUUCCACGCAUAUGCUAUCUUUUGUUUUGCUCAAGUCACCAAUUUGCGCCAUACGUGAACCUAGUAAUAGUCUGUCACCCCUAGACUCUGAAAUGGUCAUGUGUCAUUCUGAUCAUAAUAUACGUGUUACAGACAGGACUUGCUUGUUGGCAAGGUGAUCACCUAUGCUUGGUCUUGUGUUUAAAUGCUUACUGCUGAUUGGUUAAUCCCAAUUUUUGCUUGGCCAAUUGCAGUUGAUAAAUUUUUAGAUUUGGAUAUUGUAUUUCUGGAAUAAGGUUCCACACUCAUAAAGAAAAUGCAUCUCUUUUGUAAAGACUGAAAUCAGAGAUUACCAGAAAUUUGUGGUUUUUCUUGAAAAAUAGGUAUUUAAAUUCCAGUUAUAUUAGGAAAUUUGAAAAUAGCUCAUGUCAUUAAAAGACAAUAUUCAACAAUUUGAAUUAAUAUAAUUAUGGUGAAUUACUGAAAUAUAAUUAAAAAAAACAAUCAAUUAGAUUUAUGCAGAAAUAAUGCAUAAUAUUUCCCAUUGUUGUAUUGAAAUAUAAUGUUUAGAAUUAGAAUUUGUCAUGAUAGAAUGUUUUGUAUAGAGAAAAUGGAGGUCCUAAGGACAUUUUUUAAAACUAUUUGCCAAAUUGUGAAUGGAGACACAUCAAAAGAUGUAAAGUCAAUUUUAACUACAGAACCAGUAUUUGGCUGUAAUUCGCUUAGACGUUUGUGUUAUUUUUGUUCUUUUUGUGGCCACAAUAAUCCUGCAUGCUUGAAAAAUCUCAUUGGCCUUAUGCCAUGGUUACAUUGUUACCAUGGUUACAUUGUUACCAUGGUCGCAAGUUUCUGUGACAACCAGAAUCCCUUUUUUUUAACUGGUGGGAAAUACUGGCCUUUUGGGGGGGGGGUUCGGUUUUUUUUAAACUGUGUACUUUUUUUUUCGGGAUAGAAUUUGUGACAUACUGUAAGAUAUAACAUUGGAAAAAUGUCACGCCAUGUACAUAUGAUUUGUGUCUCUGGGAACUGUGGGCGGGGCAUGUGAUGCCCUAGUGGGAGGUAAGAUCACAAAACAUACUGUCAUUUUGUAUAUGUUUGUCACGUCCGAUGUUGUCGUCUAGGUGUGUAGAGUCUUUGAAGUUAAAAAGACAAAGGUGGAUUAUAGACAAAAGAUUGCACAUGUAGAAUCUGUGUACAGAAAGCAGCUGAAGGAUAUACCGUAGCCACAUUAGGGUUCAAGGGUCACGUGUCUUAGUUUUGUCACUUUGAUCACCGCAGUUUUUUUCUAAUGUACAUUUUUUGCGAAAGCUUAGAAAAAAAACACACACACACAAGCGCAUUUUUGUGCUCCGAAAGUUGUUAAAUAGAAAAAUGUAUGUUAUGUCUGGAUAUGGAAUAUCCACAAACUGAAAUCUUUGAAAUUAAUGCUGUUAUAUUCUAAUGGAUUAUUUAGCAUAAGUUUUGUUUUGUUGUGUAGAAAAUGUUGUGAUUUUUUUCUGUAUUGAUAGUAUUAUUCAUUCAGCAUAUUUUUUUUUUAAAUUUUAAUAGGUAUACCAGUGGAGGUGGAUUGCUUUGUGUAUUAAUGAUGAGUUUGGAUGCGAUUAAUCCCAGAAUGCCUUGCGCAUAAGUACAUGUGGAUAUGUUUGGAAAUUCAUGCUGUAUUAAGACUACUAGACAUAUCUGAACAGAUGCGGGGACCCUAUUUGAAAAGACAGUGACUACAUUUCAGAGUAAUGAAUUAAGAACAGACAAAAAAAAUGAACCAAUGUACAACCGUUACAAAUCAAAUAUAUUCACAAAAUAUAUUCCUCUAUCUGAUGAUUACCGAUACAUUUUGGGGACCUCUGAAAUUUUUUUACCACCAAUAAAAAAAAAAAGGGUUUUAAAGCCAAUAUACCGGUAUCCAAGUACAGAUAUCCUACAUAUAUAUCGUAUACAUAUUAAUUGUGUAGUCACUACCAUUGCCAUUACAUUUUAUCAUUUUGUUUAAUUGAAUGUUUCUUUUUUUACGGCCAACAGGCAAAAAGAUGAAUGGGUCGAUGGUUACUAAAGGUUCACAGGUUGUUGUGGUUUCACUCUGAACUAUGACCUCUACAACUCGGAUUUCAUCUCAACAACUCAGAUUACAGAAUUUAAAAGGUUCUAGGAAAAUCCUGUUUGCAUUGUCCUUGUUUUAGGAAGAAGGAAGACCAGGAAUCCAUGUGCAGACAUUCAACCUUGCCAUGACAUAUUCGACAGCCUUGUUGCUCAAAACCAGCUUUUGCCGAUUUCUGACUUUUUAUUGGUGGGAUGGAAACAAAAUUGUCUCCCUUAAGGUGUCCCUAUCAGCUACUGAUGCCAAGAAUCCUACCUUUAGAGAUAUGUCAGGGCUGG